AUGGGAAACGCCAUGCGUGGGGUCAUUGCUUUCUUCCCAUCCGAGCGCAUUCAACGCUUCCUCGUGGGGGACCUCAAGGAGAUGCCGCUGGACCGUACGCUGGAUCUCAGCAGCCGGCAGCUGCGACGGAUGCCACCAGUGGCCUGCGCCUUCACUGAGCUGGUGAAGCUGUAUCUGAGUGACAACAACCUCAGCAGCUUACCCCCAGAACUUCAAGACCUUAGGAAUCUGCAACUUUUAGCUCUGGACUUCAACUGUUUUGAAGAACUUCCUGCAGCUGUGUGUAAGUUACCGAAUCUCAUUAUUCUCUACCUGGGCAACAACAGACUUCACCGCCUGCCUGAAGAGCUGAGGAAGCUGAAGGAGCUGAAUACUCUCUGGCUGGAAACCAAUUACUUCUCAGUUUUCCCAAAGGUGGUGUGCGACCUUCCGAAUCUCAAGACUCUACACCUGGGCUAUAACCAGAUCCGGAGUGUUCCCAGUGAACUGAGCCGGCUGGAGGAACUGAGGAGCAUCUGGCUGGCUGGGAACGAGCUGCAGGAGUUUCCGUCCGUGCUCUUAGGAAUGCACCUCAUCACGGUCAUUGAUGUGGAUCGUAACAAAAUCCGCUUCUUCCCAGGACUGUCCCACUUGGAGGGUCUGAAGCUGGUCAUUUACGACCACAACCCCUGCAUCAACGCCCCGGUGGUGGCCGAGGGGGUGAGACGGGUCGGGCGCUGGGCCGACAGCGCCGACGAGGAGCUGGAGGACGUCGGGUCCAGAGUGGUGAGCGAGUCCACGGUAGACGUUUCGGAAGGGAAGUGUGAGGAGCAUCACAAUACAUGA